AUGACAGAUCUCCCCUUUCAAUACCAUGAAUUUGCUAGAGUAUUUGGCAAAGAAGAAUUUAAGGUCCUACCCCCACACUGGGAAUAUGAUAUUGCAAUCAACCUUGUUCCAGAUGCCAAGCUCUCCCCAGGUCCCAUCUAUGGUAUGACUGACGCAGAAUCAAGGGCCCUCAAACAACAUAUUGAGGAGGAAUUAGCAACAGGCAAGAUCCGCCCCAGUACUUCCUUGACAGGUGCACCAGUUAUGUUUGUCAAAAAAGCAGACAGCUCCCUUAGGUUGGUUGUGGAUUAUUGGAAACUCAAUGACAUAACCCACAAGAACAUUUAUCUGCUUCCCAGACAAGACAACUGCAUGGCUAAACUCAGAAAUGCUAAGUUGUUCACCAAAGUAGACUUAUGUUGGGGUUACAACAAUGUACGGAUCAGGGAAGGCAAUGAAUGGAAAACGGCUUUUAGAACCAAAUAUGGCCUAUUUGAGUACUUAGUUAUGCCAUUUGGACUCACCAACACCCCAGCCACCUUCCAGCAUUUUAUGAACAACCUAUUUAGGGACCUCAUCAACAUCACAGUGGUAAUCUAUUUGGACAACAUCCUCAUCUUCUCAGAAGACCCAGCCAAACACCCAGAUCACGUCAGAGAAGUUUUGUCUUGUUUGAUGAAAAAUCAACUAUUCUGCAAACUGUCUAAGUGCCACUUCCACAUCACCACAGUUGACUACCUUGGUAUUGGCAUCUCCCCCACUGGGUUCUCCAUGGAUCAGAAGAAGAUCAAGGCCGUUACAACAUGGCCCCAACCUAAAACAGUCAAGCAGGUCCAGGCCUUUCUAGGAUUUGUCAACUACCUCAGACACUUCAUCCCCAAUUUCAGCUUGGUUGCGCGCCCCCUUCACAACCUUACCAAGAAGGAAACCCCUUGGUUAUGGAACACAUUGGAAGAACAGGCUUUCCAGGAACUCAAGGCAUUGGUUACCAAGGCACUGGUUUUAAUUCACUUGAACCCCAACCUGCCCUAUUACCUGGAAACGGAUGCAUCAGGAGUAGCCAUGGGAGCAAUUCUUAGUCAGCGGGGAGAAGAUAACCGUCUACACCCAGUAGCUUAUGUGUCAAAAUCCUUCUCAGGCGUGGAGGUCAAUUAUGACACCCAUGAUAAGGAACUCCUGGCAAUAAUCAAGGCAUUGGAGGAAUGGCAAAUUUUCCUAGAGGCAACAGACAAACCCAUCCAGGUGUUCACAGACCAUUUCAACCUAGAAUAUUGGAUGCAGGCAAGGACAUUCAACCAACAACACGCCCAAUGGCGCAUAUUCCUGAGCAACUUCAAUUUUGAAAUCCACUACCAACCAGGGAAGCAAUCAGGGAAGCCAGGUGCCUUAUCAAGAUGCUUGGAUUACAUGGACGCGCCUCAAGAACCAGAGGUUAUGCUCCCAGCUGAAGUCUUUGCCAACUCCUCAGGGGUAGAAACAGACAUUGUUGCGGAAAUCUGUGCCAAACUGAAAGAGGACCCAUCACUAGAACCAAUUGUCCAAUUUCUGACCAAAGAUGCAGACAAUGCACCUCCUUCUAUCCGCAAGGCUUACAAGGACUAUGAUUGGGAAGAAGAGCUCCUUUGGGAAUUCCACAACUCCCCACUAGUGGGACAUCCAGGACAACAGCGCACCUUGGAAUUGCUGAGUAGAAACUAUUGGUGGCCAGGGAUGAAGUCCUCAGCCAAAGAAUGGGUAGAAUGCUGUCCUACUUGUCAAGCAAACUGCUGCCCACAUGCCCCAGUAAUUGCCUUGAAACCUCUAGAAGUCCCCCCAUUUCCAUUCCACACCAUUUCCUACAACUGCAUCACAGGAUUUCCAAAGUCCCAGGGAUGCAAUGCUAUUCUAGUUGUGAUUGACUCAUUCUCCAAGUUUGGCCAUUUCAUUCCCACCACCAAAAAGGUCACUGCAAGAGGAUUGGCAGAUCUGUUUAUCACCCACAUGUGGAAACUCCACAGACUGCCGGUUAGAACCAUUUUGGAUAGAGGAACCACGUUCACAGGGAAAUUCCUCAGGGCUCUUUACCAGAGACUAGGUGUCAAACCAUCAUUCUCAUCAGCCUACCAUCUGGAAUCAGAUGGUCAGACAGAACAAGUAAACCAAUUUAUUGAGUUCUACCUCCAAUCUUAUGUAGCCAUGGACCACUCAGAUUGGGCCACAUGGUUGCCUCUGGCAGAAUACAUGUACAAUAAUGCCAGACACGCAUCCAUUGGAAAAACACCUUGUGAAUUGGUCUAUGGAAGAAACCCAGUAAUGAACCCCUCCAACAUACCAUCUAAUGUUCCUGAGGCAGACUGGGUGGCAGACAACCUAGCCAACAAAUGGAAAGAAGCCAAAGCAGCCCUCAGAAUGAGCAAGGAGAAGAUGACCCAGGAUAAAGGAACCAUACCAGAGUACUUGAUUGGCAAAAAAGUCUGGCUAGACGGAAGAAACAUGGAACUAAGGUCUGAUUCUAAUAAAUUAGAUCCUAAAAGACUAGGCCCAUUCAAAAUCACAGAAAAAAUCUCCAGCCAUGCGUACCGCCUAAAACUCCUGGAAACACUGAAAAUCCAUGACGUGUUCUACGUGGGGUUACUAUCCAAAGUCCAUCAAUCCCCAAACCAACCAUUCCCAGAACGCCCCCCUCCAGAAACAAUCAAGGGAGAAGAGGAGUACAAGGUGGAACAAAUUAUUGAUUCCAAAAGGCAACAAGGGAAGUGGUUCUAUCUGAUCAAAUGGAAGGGCUAUGGCCCAGAAGACAACUCAUGGGAACCCAAGGAACUACUGGAACACAGUCAAGAGGAAAUCAGCUGCUUCAAUAAGUCACAACUGAAAAAGGCUUGUGACUCCACCAAGAGCCUUUAA